GCGCAUCUUCACUCGCCCAGCCACACGUACGCAUGUCAUGGACCCGUUCCUCACCGCGGCGGCCUUCCUCGCGCUGUUCCUCAUCUUCGUCGCCCUCCCGCUCAUCUUCCUCCGCCACUUGUUCAGCACUGGCGUCCCCGAGGUGGCCGCGGCGAGAGGCGUCGGCGCAGAGCUGCUGGGCUCGCUGCCGGUCACGGUAUACCGCGCGGCGGACCACGUCGGGGUGCUGGAGUGCGCGGUGUGCCUGGCCGGGCUCCAGGACGGGGAGCAGGCGAGGUUCCUGCCCCGCUGCGGCCACGGGUUCCACGCCGGGUGCGUCGACACAUGGCUGGCGUCCCGCUCCACUUGCCCGCUCUGCCGGGUCACCGUCGACGGCAAGCCCGACGCGCUUACGCCGACGAGUCCCCCUCCCGUCGGGAACCUGCUGGCGAGGUGAGCCUGACCUCUGACGGAGGCCGCUCCGCGCUUGCCACAGCGGAAGUGAUGGUGAUCGACGUUCCGGAGUCAAGUCAAGGAUGGUGAUCGUUGAAGAGGCUGUGGAGCUUCGGGAUGCAAGGACCGACGGGGUCGGCUCCGCCCUGUUCCGGCGGCAGCGGCAGCCGAACAGGCAGCAGAUGUAGAGCGGGUAGCAUCACCUGCGCAACCCCGAGAGCUCCGGUGUAGGUGUAGCAUAGAGCAGGAAUUGUCACCGGAUGUGCCGCCCAGAGAUCAACUCCAAUGCCCAAGCUCUGCACAUUUUUGCAUGCUGGUAUGAGACAUAGAUAUUCUUAGAUUCAUUAAAAAGAAUGAUAUUCACCAGCCCAAGAAUUAGUAGUUC